UGCAAGGUACGGUAUAUCAAUUGAGACUGAAAUGAUCCAAAAUUGCAAAACCUGAUAUAAAUUGCCGAACUAACAUAAAGCUGUAAAUUGAUUGGACAGUGAACAGUCGACAGAGCGAAGUAAGUUGAGCCAAUUGAAUUCCCCACUGCUGCUAUAGCUACUCAAAACAAACUUUAAUCUAAUCCAGUCGACUCUUGUGCCGUGUAAACAGAAUAAUGCGCUUUCCAGCACGACAAAGCGUCAAUCGUACACUAAAUCUAUCUUAUCUACCACAAUGCAUAAAGCACUUUGAUUCAUUUGAGGUGUUUUAUUUGCACAGAAGUUGUCUAAAAUGGGGAUCCAGCUCAAUUUGAUUGGUCUUUUUCGUGACACAUCAAUAAAUCAAGGACUUCUUUUUAAAAUACACGUCAAAUCCCGCAGCUGAAAAGAUAAGCAAUCCUCCCAGAAACAUCAGCGUCUUAAUUCACGGUGCAUAUUGAUGAAGCCAUGGCGAAUAUGGAGAAAGAAUUACCAUAAAGCCUAGCAUUUGCGACCGGGCGCACGAAAGAACAUUGCGAAUCUAAAUCUUAAUCUUCAUCUGAAGUUAAAAAAAUGGCCAGUUCAAAGCAAAACAGCUCGUUCUCGCCUUGUAAACAGAUUAACCAUAACUCCAAUUCGUCUCAUUUUGUCGCCAUAUUCGAUUGUUUUCACAAUAUGAGAUCAAAUAUGGAACUCUGCGAUGUCACUUUGACAGUAGGCAAUGUAAGUUUUUCAGCCCACCGGUUAGUUCUCGCGGGUAAUUCGCCGUAUUUUCGAAACAUUUUUGUUUCGGAAAACGCCGGCUCACGCCACCAAGAGGUCAACUUACCGAGCAAUUUUCGAGGAGACGCGUUGCGCACGAUUUUGGAUUAUUUCUAUUCUGGAAAGCUGUCCAUCAAUCAAGAAGACUGUGAAGAGUUACUAUCGCUGGCCUCGCUCUUGCAGAUAGAAGCAAUUGUUGACGAGCUUCAGGAAUUUAUCCUCUCAAACCUUCACGCUUCUAACUGUCUGAGGUUUCAAAGCCUUGCACACAAACUAAAGCAGAGAAAUUUCAAAGCUAAAAUCGAUCGUUUCGUAGACUGGAAUUUCAAGAGUUUGGUCAAAGAGCCUGACUUUCUGGCGAUGUCCGCUGAACACCUUAUUGAAGUUAUCAGAAGCGAAAAUCUGCGAGUCAAACGCGAGGAGACUGUGUACGAAGCAGUGUACAGGUGGUUUAGGCAGGACACAAGUGGACGAGAAAGCAAAGCAGAAGGUGUGUUCAAGGAAGUCCGUUUUGAGCAGAUCCCGUCAAAGUAUCUCACAAAAGAAAUCAUACCAAAUCUGUGCGAGAAAUACAACAUUUGCGUCGAGCGAGUCAGAGAUGCUUUGGAAAAACAGGCUGUUUCUGGAGAAAGUGCACGAGCGCCUAAAUCAGACUUUGCAAGGAAACCGCAAGACGUUAUCUACGUCAUCAGCUGCAGAACUAACCUCGUGGAGCGAUUCGAUAACGUCAAGUGCGCAUGCGUUCGGUGUCCCGAGAUGUCACCGACAGGGCCUGUGGAGAGUCUGAGGGAAAACCGCUGUGCAGUUGUAGUGGGUCAGGAUCUUUAUUGUGUGUCAAAUAUCAAAGUCGACAAGUUUAGUGUAUUGGAGCUUUGUUGGACUGAAGUUGGAGAAGGUGUUAAUGUCCAUGACUCUGGCGUGUGUGCAGGAAAGGACUGCAUCUUCGUGGUGGGAGGAAGGCAGAGAGGAGAAGGAGCCUGUAAAUUUGAUUUAGAGACACACGAGUGGAUGGACCUACCCGACAUGAGUACCCGCAGGAGAUGCCCUGGUGUGGCGUUCCUGUCCGGCAAAUUAUACGUUAUUGGAGGCCACAGUCCAGAAGGAGCCUUAGCGUGCACAGAACGCUUUGACACAAAACAAGAAAAGUGGACUACCUUGAAGCCCAUGAACUUACCACGCUUUCUGCUAGGCGCAUGCGUAGUAGAUGGCCUUGUGUACGCUGUCGGUGGUAGGAAUAACGAGCGAAGCCUGGACACUGUAGAAGUCUACGACCCUAAAGCUAAAAUUUGGACUGUUAUGGAGGAAAGCAUGCGAGAAUGUAGAAAUGAUUUUGGACUCGUGUCACAAAAUAAUCAAAUUUACUGCAUCGGUGGACGAGGAGCUAAUUCCAUCGAGUGCCUUGACGUGGAAUCAAAGGAGUGGAGAACCGUUGGCUCAACGGGAGAAAAUAACUUUAGCAUAAGCUGUGUGUUUUACCCACCAUUGUAGGCAUCACAUGCGAUGUGACAUGGAUAUUGAUUCGUCUUCUCGAUAGAGCUCUAGCCAAUUAAUUAUUAUAAAACAUUUAAUUUGUUACAGAAUUCAGCAAAUCGUUCAGUUUAGCAGGUAGCUUGCGUUACGGUGCCUUUUCGUUAGUAAAAUUGAUGUGGUUAGGAAUAUAAAUCGUUGAAAUUUCUCUAGUAAUAAUAAAGUCGCCUCUGCAAGCGUUCCUACUGGUGUUGUUUUCGUUGCCGUGACUCAUUUUUCAUCUGAAUCAAACUGAAUGGAUUUAUAUAUUUAUAUAAACGGUGAUGUGUAUAGUCUCCUUGAGAGCCGUCGUACUGCGCAUGCAGGGAGUACUAUGUACGAAACGUAACUAACUGGAACGAAGUGAUUAAAUAAUUAACUGACUGACUGGCUGGCUGGCUGGGUGGCUGACUGACUGACUGACUGACUGACUGACUGACUGAUUGACUGACUGACUGACUCACUCACUCACUGACUCACUCACUGACUCACUCACUGACAAACUGGCAAAUAUGAAAAUCGAGGAGCAUUAAUCCCAGUAGAAGAGCGAACAUGUUUAGUACGCAAAGAAAAUUGCAUAGAACAUGAACAGUAUUUCUUGAUGUAUUGUCGGGGGUAUACCACAUUAAGACGUGAGCUGCACUCACAUAUUUCAAACACCUAUUACCCCAGUUUAAGUAAUAACGAGAAGACGAAGUAUUUUCUUAGAGCAGAAAACACGGUUACAUCUAAAAUAAUAGGUAAAUAUAUCCAUUCUAGAAGAGAGAAGAGAUUCUCAAUUCACAAAAGUAAUUAGCACUAUGAGUUUCCCAAUUUAUUGUAUACGGAUGUGAUAAAUAUUAUUUUGUAUUAUUAGUUAACGUUGAAACCUUUAUUGUAACUAGACCAAUACCUCCCUUUGGAGAGUAAGGCGCAAUAAAGAUAUACUAUUACUAUUA